GCGCGGGGAGGGGCGGGGCUACGGGGAGAAGGCCCGGGUGGCGGAGGAGGAACCAAUCCCCGCCGGAGCCGUUCCAACAGGAACUCCAUGACGGCCUGUCACAGAGCGACAGUUGAUAUUUACAAACAGGAGAUGCUCCAGAAGAAGAAUGCUGUCUUGGUGGAUGGAGUUGUCCUAAAUGGUCCAAUAAUGGACUCGAAAGCAGGAGAGAAGUUUGUGGAAGAGGCCUGUAAGAUUAUAAUGGAAGAAGUAAUCCAGAAAGCUGAUGAUAUAACAGAGAAGGUUUGUGAAUGGCGGGCUCCUGAAACACUGAAAAUGAUUCUUGAUCUGGAAAUGAGGGACACUGGAGAAUCUCAUCAGAAGCUCUUGCAACUCUGCCAAGAUGUUAUACAAUACAGCGUCAAAACCAGUCAUCCAAGAUUUUUCAAUCAGCUAUAUGCUGGAAUAGAUUAUUACUCGUUAGUGGCUCGUUUCAUUACAGAAGCACUGAACCCAAGUGUAUAUACAUAUGAAGUAUCUCCUGUAUUUCUGUUAGUGGAAGAAGCGGUUGUUAAGAAAAUGAUCAAGUUCAUAGGCUGGGAAGAAGGUGAUGGCAUAUUUAAUCCAGGUGGCUCUGUUUCUAAUAUGUAUGCUAUGAACUUAGCUAGAUACAAAUUUUGUCCUGAAAUAAAGGAAAAAGGGCUUUCAGGCUUGCCAAGACUGGUCCUGUUCACUUCAGAAGAGUGUCAUUACUCCAUGAAGAAGGCAGCUUCUUUCCUGGGUAUUGGUACUGAAAAUAUUUACUUCAUCAAAACAGAUGAAAGAGGUAAGAUGAUACCUGAGGAACUGGAGAAACAAGUUCAACGGGCCAGGAAAGAGGGGUCAGCACCAUUUCUUGUCUGUGCUACAGCAGGCACAACAGUGCUGGGAGCAUUUGAUCCUCUGGAUAAAAUAGCCAGUAUCUGUGAAAAGCAUGGCCUCUGGCUUCAUGUUGAUGCGUCUUGGGGUGGCUCAGCUUUGAUAUCGAAGAAGCAUUGCAAGCUGCUUCAUGGCAUCCAUAGGGCUGAUUCUGUUGCCUGGAAUCCCCAUAAAAUGCUGAUGGCAGGAAUCCAGUGCUGUGCUCUUCUGGUGAAAGACAACUCUGACCUCCUGAAGAAGUGUUACUCUGCCAAGGCAGCAUACCUCUUCCAACAAGACAAGUUCUACGAUGUCAGCUAUGACACAGGUGACAAGUCCAUUCAGUGCAGCAGACGCCCGGAUGCAUUCAAAUUCUGGCUGAUGUGGAAGGCACUGGGAACCACAGGCCUUGAGGAAAGAGUGAACAGGGCGCUGGCCUUAGCUAGGUAUCUAGCAGAGGAAGUUAAGAAAAGAGAGGGAUUUCAGCUUCUAUUGGAGCCGGAGUAUGCAAACGUUUGCUUUUGGUACAUUCCACCAAGCUUAAGGAAAAUGGAGGAAGGACCUGAAUUUUGGCAGAAGCUACACCAGGUUGCUCCUGUAAUUAAAGAGAGGAUGAUGAAGAAGGGCAGCAUGAUGCUUGGGUACCAGCCUCACCAGGGCAAAGUCAACUUCUUCCGCCAGGUGGUCAUCAGCCCACAAGUGAGCCGAGAGGACAUGGACUUCUUGCUGGAUGAAAUGGAACGGCUUGCUGAGGACUUAUAAUGCUGUUUCCACAGCACCAGGUGCUGUGCUCAUGUGUGUUAUUUAUGGAGUGGCAGCAGCAUUCUGGUGCUAUCUUGUGUAAGGUAGUAAAGAGCUUCACAUAUAGCUUGGAAACUGUCAUUUUAUGUAGUGAUGUUAAGGGUCUUGCAGGUAGACUAUCCCUCCACAGGAAAGUGUUUGCUGAUGAGGGGUGAAGAUGGCCAGGGACAGGCCAGUGCUGGCAGCACCACUGCCAUUCUGGGAAGUGUUUCCUGGAAAAGGGAGCACUUCUGAAAAUGGUGCCUAUGUCCCAGGGAGGGCAGCUUUUUACAGGGUGCCUGUACACACCGUAGUUCAAACUGAUGACUUAGGUAUGCAGGCAAUACUCCUCUAAAGUUACUGUUAGGAGUAAAUUUAGCUCAGGGAGCUUUAAAAUGCUAGCUAAUACUCUGACUACUCUGCUGAUAGUUUAGUUUGGUAUAUGUUUAAGGAUAGAGGUAGUCACACUGGUAAGACUGGAAAUUGUGGACAUCCAUGAAGAUUUUUGCAAGGCCUCUAAAUAGGACAAUUGCCCAAAUUUUUCACCAUAAGGACAGUCAAACAAUAUAACAGGGGCCUGCAGGGGUUGUGCAGCCUCUGUCCUUAGAGACUUGCAGGACCUGGCUGGACAAAAGCCUGAGCAACGAAUGUUGACCCUACUUUGAACAGGAUGAGCUAGUUGUCCUCCUAAGGUCCCUUCCAACUUGAAGACAUGAUUGGACUCUGUCAGUGUUUGCAAAGGUUUCCCACUCAAAAUGUAGACUGAGAAUGUUGGAAUAGUAUAUUGCAAUUUCUUAACUCUUUGUUAACAGGAGAUACCAAUCCUUUCUGAACCACUGUUCACCUUCCUCUAUUUUAAAAUUUAUUUAGCAGCUUUUAUGCACUUUAAAAUAAGAGAAAAAAAUAUAUUUAUCUAGAAGAUGAGUAUUUUUAUGCAUCAUGACUAUUUAUAAAGAAUGUAACAAAACAAUACAUUUGUUGGGGUCUGUUUGGAUUUUCCUACAGUUUUAAGAUGGCUAAAUCUCAUGUAAUCAAUGUAUAAUUUAUAAUCUGGUACUGAGAUUGAGAUGGUGGUGAUCAAUGAAAGUCUGCCUGUGAUUUUAAGAUGUGAACAGUCAGAGAAUUUUUGAUCAACCUGGAUUUUAAAAUUAAGUUCAAACUUUUUAUUUAUGUGUUAAGAAAUACAGUGUACUUUUGAUUUAUUUUUCAUUCUACCUAUAAAAUGAUCCAUUCUAUAAAAAUAGAAAUAAUAAAUAUAUUUUUGGAGUGAAGUUCUUGUAGCAAACUUAUGGAAAUAAUCAUGUCUUUCAACUUGUAAAUCAGCACACACUUACUUUGAUGUUUUAGUGUUUGUACCCUACUCUGUAUUUGAAGUAGCACUGACCAAUACAAACUUUUCUACUGUAAUGUUUUCUGUACUGCUUAAAGCUGUCUUUAAACACAAUGCUUUCUUGCUUUCGUUUCCUACACUGUACUAGGAUCCAACAUUGCAUGACAUUCCCACUUUCAAUCUCCAGGAUGAUGGUAUGGAAAGUUUAACAAGGUCAUUGUCACUAUUAGAGCAGUAGAUAGGAGCAAUAGUCACUUAACGCAAAUGUUAAAGCAAAUGGCUUUAACAAUGUGCUCAAAAUGAAUAUUCUUGUGCUGUUAUAGUGAGCCACUGGUUAUAGUACUGAUAAUAUUGGAGAAUUCUGUAUAAAAAUGAACGGUACUGGAUUCUGCCCUGUAAUGCCCAGAGGAUUAUGUCAUCAUUUAUUACCUUGUGCAUCUGGGUAUAUUGGCUAUUGUGAUCUUGGGAAGCACUUAUGGUUCAGAGCUAUAAAGCUUUUUUAAGCUCCUAGCAUCCCUGGAUGGAGUGCAGAGAAUGUAAGGGGUGCUGAAUGGAGGGGAUGAUUUUGCCUGUUGCCUUCUGAGAUGCACAUAGACUGUUAACACUUCUCUUUCUCAACCUUGAAGAAAAAGAUAUUAUUAUGGUCCAGAUUCUUGGGGAGUUCUUGAUUCAGUGGAAGAUCUGCCACCUUCCAGCGUGACACCACUACUAGCAAGAAGUGUUUUUGUCUUGUUUCUGUUCAUGUUAGUGCUUUCCUCUGUUUCCAGAUACAGUGACACUUAGUGUACUUGUUGGGCUGCAGCAGCACAGUUGCUUUCCAUAGUUGUAGUGUCUAUAGCAUUUUUAAAUGAGAGCAAAAUGGAACAUUUUCAGUGUUUUCAGAAAAUAGAUCUCAGAUCAAUAUACACACUAUUUUCUUCAAAGGUGAAGGUUAACCUUCCAGCAUGAUGUGAGUAGCUUAUCUGAUCUCCAUAUAUUUUCUAUUAUUUCUGACUCCUUAUCAUGUCCAAAGCAUGCGAUGUGAUGGUCUUAUUUCAGGACUAUAAGGUCACUUUCUUAUAGUUACUUAUUUAGGACUGGUAUGUACAAAAUGUCUAUUUUGCACCUGGUGAUUUUAAUAAAAAGUAAAGUGAAUGACACUCCUAUAAAUACAGACUGUGCUUGUCAUUUAUCAAUCUAAAACUGCAGAGAUAUGUAUAAAGAAGGUACGAGUGAGUUCUCCAGAUGGAGGAACAGCAAGCUGCCUGCACAGCUUUAGUAUGUGAAACCUCAUUUAACCCUGAUUCAGGAUGUGGUUUAUGUGUGUGCUGUGCCCAUAUUGUUAUUAAUAAACUUCUUGAAUGAAAA